AUGGCUUCUGCUAAGCACGAGAACCCCUCGUUCAUCCUGAACGCCGUCAAGAACGUGACUAUUGAGGACCGCCCGAUCCCGACGCUCAAGAACCCCAGCGAUGUGCUCAUCCGUGUCGGUGUCACUGGUAUCUGUGGAUCUGAUGUCCACUACUGGGAACACGGCCGCAUCGCCGACUUCAUCCUCACCGCGCCCAUGGUCCUCGGCCACGAAUCCGCCGGCACCGUCGUCGAGACUGGCCCCGCCUGCAAACACCUGCACCCCGGCGACCGCGUCGCGCUCGAGCCCGGCGUCCCCUGUCGUCUCUGCCCCUACUGCAAAGCCGGCACCUACAACCUCUGCACCGACAUGCGCUUCGCCGCCACCCCACCCUACGACGGCACACUCGCAAAGUACUACGUCCUCCCCGAAGACUUCUGCGUGCCGCUCCCACCCCAUGUGUCCAACGACGAGGGCGCGCUCGUCGAGCCUCUCGCCGUCGGCGUCCACGUUGUCCGCCAGGCUAACGUGCAGCCCGGAAACACCGUCGUCGUCUUUGGCGCUGGCCCUGUCGGCCUGCUGAUCGCCGCGGUUGCAAAGGCGCAUGGCGCGGUCAAGGUUAUCAUGGUCGAUAUUGUGCAGCCCCGUUUGGAGUUCGCGCUCACAUAUGCUGCUACGGGCGUCUUCAAUGCCAUGCACUCGCGCGAUCCCAAGGUCAAUGCCGCAGAGAUCAUCAAGCAGUUUGAUCUCGGCUUUGGCGCCGACAUCGCUAUUGACGCCUCUGGCGCCGCACCGUCGAUCAAUACGGCGAUCCACGUGGUCCGUACCGGGGGGACGUAUGUCCAGGCCGGUAUGGGCGCCGACGAGAUCUCGUUCCCGAUCAUGGCGAUGUGCUGCAAGGAGAUUACCAUGAAGGGCAGCUUCAGGUACGGGCCGGGCGACUACAAGCUUGCCGUGGACCUGCUGGCGGCGGGCUCGGUCAGCGUGAAGGAGCUUAUCACGAGCAGGUUUAAGUUUGAGGAUGCAGAGAAGGCGUUUGAGGAGCAGAAGAAGGGGAAGGGGAUCAAGAUCUUGAUUGACGGGCCCCAGGACUAA